AUGGUCUUUAAAGAUGUUGAUGAGUUUAGGAGAGCAGUAACAAAAUAUGUUGUUAGGAAAAGGGUUAAGGUAGAAAAGUGGGUGAAUGAGCCUACAAGGGUUAGGGUGAGGUGCAAGGAUGGUUGUCCAUGGAUAUUGUAUGCUAGGCUUGAUAAAAUCACAGAUGAUUUCCAAAUUAAAACUUACAUUCCAAAGCAUACUUGCCUCCAAACUACCAGAAACUACUUGUGUAAUGCCAAGUUUAUUGUUGAGACCUAUAGAAAGAGAAUAACUGAGCAGCCAAACAUUAAAGUUGUUAAGUUGCAAAAGCUAAUUAGGACAAAGUUUAUUCUUCAUGUUGGUAAGACCACAGUUAGAAGAGCAAGAGCAAAAGUACUGAAAGAAAUCAUGGGAGAUCACAUUCAGGAGUUUGGAAAAAUCCUUGACUACAGGGAUGAAUUGUUAAGGACCAAUCCUGGUUCCACUUGUGUAGUUAAACUUGCUGAACCAAAUGCUGAUAGUAGGCCUGUUUUUCAGAGCUUUUAUAUAUGUUUUGUUGCUUUGAAGAAAUCAUUUCAGCACUGUAGAAAAUGUAUUGGUUUAGAUGGUUGUUUUCUGAAUGGGGUUUGUAGAGAACAGUUGUUGGUAGCUGUGUGUAAAGAUGGUAAUAACCAAAUGUUGCCUCUGGCAUGGGCUGUGGUGGAGUAUGAAAACAAGAGCACUUGGACUUGGUUUAUCAGAAUUUUGAAGGAAGAUUUGGCACUUGGAGAUGGGACAGAUUUAACAUUGAUAACAGAUAUGCAGAAGGGACUAUUUGUUGCUAUUCAAGAUCUUUUACCUGCUGUUGAACAUAGAAAGUGUGGUAGGCACAUCUUUGCUAACUUCAGCAAAGAAUGGGGAGGGCUACAAAGAAGACAGCAGUUUUGGAGAAUUUCCAAAAGCACCUUUGAGUCUCAACUAAGGAGAAAUAUUGAGCUGAUAAAGUUGCUUGGUCCAACGAAAAUGAUGGACAAACUGAUGUAUUACAACAUAGAUUAUUGGUGUAAGUUCUACUUCAACACUAAUGUAAAAGUAGAUUCUGUAGAUAACAAUAUGGCUGAGUGUUCUAAUGCUUGGAUCUUGGCUGGCAGGCACAAAACUAUAAUAACAAUGCUUGAGGAGAUUAAGGUGAAAAUGAUGGAAAGGAUUGGAACAUUGAGGGAGUUUGUAAACACUUGGAGAUGUAACUACUCUCCAAACUGUAUAAAGGUGUUAGAGGAAAAUGCUAAACUUUCAAUGCAAUGUAACAUUGAGUUUAAUGGAGUUGCUGGUUUUGAAAUUAGGGAAGGACUAUAUCAACACACUGUGGAUAUUUCUAGAAGGCAGUGCAGCUGUAGGGUGUGGCAGCUAAAAGGCAUUCCAUGUGCACAUGCUUUAGCUGCAAUUCAGUUCAAAAGGUAUGAUCCACUUGGCUACAUUGACCAUUGCUACAGCAAAGAGACUUACAUGAGAACAUAUGAGCAUGUUCUUCAACCAGUCACAAAUAUGGAAAUGUGGCAUGUCUCUACCCACCCUAGUGUGGCUCCACCAGACAUAAAAAAACAUGCCUGCAACUGCCAUAGUAGAGGCCACAACAAGAGAGGGUGUCAAAAAAAAAACUCAGCAGCAUGGACAGAACCAACAAGUUCUAGCAGGGGAAGGGCCAACACAUCACAACCACCAUCUUCAAGCAAGGUCAUGGGGAGACCAAAGAAACCUGUUGAAAAGAGGCCAAGAGGAAAACCUAGGAAAACUGCCCAAGCAGUAGGAAAUAGUCCUGCACCAGCUGAAGUUCAUGUUUCAUGUUCUGCCCCUGCAACAACUACUGCAUAG